CCGCCUCCUCCUCCUCCGUCCUCCUCCUCGGCCGAGGCGAGCGACGCGGAGCUGGGGGGCUGCAGCAAGGAGGAGCUGGUGCGCCGCCUGCGCCGGGAGGAGGCCGAGAAGCUGGCGGCGCUGGUGCAGCGGGGGCGCCUGAUCCAGGGGGUGAACCGGCAGCUGCAGGAGCACCUGCGCGAGGUCCGCGAGCUGAAGGCGGUCAACGGGCGGCUGCAGGCCGAGAACCGGGAGCUGCGCUUCUUGGAGACCUAA